AUGGAGAACAUUCUCUCAUCUCUGAGUGGCCUCUCUAAGACAUGGCUGACCCUUGGCUCAGCUUCCUACCACAUAGACCUCAACCACACUCUUCUGAGUGGACUGGGGCUGCUGCUUCUGUACAUCUGGUACCUGAUAUGGAGACUGCUUAUACAGACGUUGCGGAGAAAGAAAAAUGCCCCAAAGCGACAGAACAGCAUUAGACGCCAUAAAAGGAAAGCCUUUAAACGUAAGAGAACUAGCCAGAAAGACCCCGAGGAAGGAAGGAAGCUGCAGACAAUCUUGCAAAGCCCGGGCAAGCCGUAUGAUCCCACAGGCUUUCGGCAACUGCUAUGUCCAGAUCCCCUCUGUAACGUAUGUAACAAAGCGAGUACUCAGGUCAGCCACCUGCUCUCUCAGGCUGCCCCGGAAGACGGUGCUGCCUCGGUGUCCUCUUUGCCUUCUAAGGCUCCUGUGACAGAGGCUCUACCCUCUGGCCGACCAGGACAUCCAGCUCCAGAAGCUCCUCCCUGCACCUCCCCCUCCAUCUUCUCACCGAACCGAAUCAUUCCUUUGGAUGGUGUAUCUCCUCCCAUACCACUCAGCGCCUCUCUGUCACCACAAGACACUGCUCCCUUAAACCCUGCAGUGUUAUUGGCCCAAACCCCACGCAGAACACUGGCCUCUUCUCCACAUCUAGCUCCAAAUGCCACUCAGGAAGCACAGUUAGCUCUCCAAGCAGAAGUUCCCCAGUCUCCUGUGGAGAGCCCUAGGAAGCGGUCCCCCAAAGUCUCAACAGCCAAAAGCACUGCCUAUCAGCCAGCAUCCUCCCGGCCACGGUUCAGUGCUGAAGACCAGCCCCUGUCAAAUCUGGCACAGCUGCCUCUAGAAUCAUAUGCUACUCAAAGCUCAGACCAGAGACUCACAAAGGCCCAUGCUGAGGAGCCUGGAGACCAUCCGUCUCCCAGCCCUGAUGUCUUAGCACUCUUCAAGAAGCAAGAGAAAGGGAACGCUGAUGUCACUGCAUAUAAAUUUAAAAAGGAGAAAACAGUGUCUUUUUUAAUGCCACCAAACACUUUAGCGGAGAGCUCAGCAUCAAGGGCUGCUCUAGAGAACUCAGAAGUCUCUAACCUUUCAGGUAGUGAAAAGGGAAAGCCAGGGAGCCCUCCCCUACAGCAGCCGCCCUCUCAUCCGAAGAACCCUGGAGACCAGUCAGAGAACAAAGACGUCCGGCUCUUCUGGGGUCUCCCUUCUCUUCACAGUGAGUCCUUAAAACAUGAGGCUGACAAUUCAGGUAACAGUUACCCAGGAAGGGACUCUUUCAACAAAAUGGCUAAGGCCUCCACAGGCAGUGAUGCGUCCAGCCUUCCUUACCCCACCCCUCUGCCCUUGCCUGAGAGUGACCAACAGGGGCAAAUCCUACCUCAGUCUCAGAUCAAGCCCAACUCCCUUGCCAACUAUAAGGCCCAGACUCAACCCCUAAUCCAAUUCCUGCCAGCUUCUCAAUCCCAGCUUAGGAUAUGUGGAGUGCGUUUUCAUAGCCUAAAAGAUGAGGCACAGCCUCUGACCCCAAGUGAAAUUCAACAGCUGGAAUACAACCUAUUACAAAAAGCACUGCAAAAUUUCUUGGGUUUACCCACUCUAAUCCAAAGAUUCCAAGAAGGCUUCUUUCCCCGACCUCCUAAAAUCUCCUCAACCAGAAGUUCAUUCAAGGGCCACGCUCCCAAGACAAUCCUUCCUGGAGACUUCCCUCUCAGCCAUCCACUCGAGAGGAAACUAGAACACCAUCUUCGAAAGAGACUCAUCCAACGCCGCUGGGGCUUGCCCCACAGGAUCCGUGAUUCCCUGUCAUUCAUGAGUCCGCACUCAGAAAUCCCUGAGGUCCCCAUGCCAAGAAGCACCCACGGACUCUCUUGGCUCUCUCUCUAUAAGUUCAAUGCCAACAGAAACCUACCAAGCUUUGGGGUAAGCCAAUUGGGAAGCUUCUAUAGAAAGCCCUUAGAGAUUCACCUUCUAAAGGAGAAACACAGCAAAGUUCAGAGACAAUGUCCAGAGAUAGACCAAGGAGAUCACUUACAGGGUAACUCCAGGGGAGCUACAAAGAGCAGUGUACAUUCUAAUUCUGAGACAGAUCCAGAACUUCAGCCAGGAAAUAUGUCUGGGAAGUUUUCAAAGGAUUCAUGGGUCCAGGGGUGCCUCGGGAAAGAAUGUGAAACUUUCCUGCAGGAAUAUCCUGGCAAGAACACUGAAGAGAUCAGUGGGGGUGAGAUGCUUCCUGCUGUGGGCGGGUCAGGGCACUCUAUGAACACUGCGCAGCCUCCAGCUGAGACCUCCCCCAGACAAAUGGCGCCUUCAGCAGGUGAAGAAGAUGCACUGACAAAGCACCCACAUAACUUGGUGAUAAGUGAUAGCAAAGAGAAGAUGCUGGAAAAACACAUAACAGCCUUCGGCAGGAGGAUGGCGUUUGACCUUCCACAAAGAGUUGAGGAGUCCUUAGAGUCCUACUUGACAAAAGCAGAGCCGUCUCACCCUUUCCCUCAGCAACACGUUCCCGGAGCAGACUCUGACAAGCCCUCCAAGCUCCUCCAGAGAAACACUACUGGAGAUAGAACAGGGACAGUGCAUUCAGUCCCCACCCAACAGAGGCCUCUCCCUGCUACCUCGCCUGUGGGCCACAGCCAGCCAGCCUCUGAGAACAAGAAGGUAUGUGUAGAUAAAGACCUCAGCACAGCCCCAAGGGGCAGAGAGCCGCCCCAGCGCUGGACAGACAGUAUGGCAGACAAAGGCGUCCUGCAACAGUCUGGAUCAGACAACAGACCUGGCCCAGAGCUGCCCAUGAGCCCAGGUGGGCCAACGCAUGAGAGCCUGGCUUCCAGCACCCACACCCAGGGGUCUCAGGGAGAAAGGGAGAGCUGGGAGGACGGCUCCGUGGCUGAGGGGUCCACGCAGCGACACGAGGGAGAGCAACUCCCUGGUCCUCACCCACAGUCCACUCAGAUUGUGAAAGGCACCCAAGGCCUGUGCUCCCCAGGGAGCCAUGUGACUGCAUCUCAGUCCCUGCAGGGAAUGCCAGUUCCCCACAGCUCUGAGACCCCUGACUCUAAAAGUCAGGUGUCCACAGAAGUCCUGGCGAACUCAGAGGGUGGGACACACAUUCAAGUGCCUGCCACGCCCUUGGCCCCAGAAGAAAUGACUUCCAAGCCCCAGGGCCCCUCCAGUGGGGACAUGACAGUUUCUCAGGUGCUGCAUGUGCACUUGCCCACUGUGGGCAUCAGCAUGGAGUCACCGCAGGGUCCCUGGGUCCCUGCAUAUGUCUCAGGCAAGAGGAAGAACAAAGACUGUCCCCCAGGCUCCAGAGCAUUGCCCCCACUGGCAACUGAAGCUGGGAAGCUCGGUGGGGGGGAUGCAGGCUUGGGGACAUCCCAGAGCAGAGGGAAGGGACACUGUGUUCAGCCCAGGGCAUCAGAAGAAACACAAGGACACACAUCUUCCCCAGCACUGACACCUAGGAGUCAGCCUCUGGAAAAUCAGCUCACCAGCCAGGUGAAGGGCUUCUGGCAGAGGCUGUCCCCUGGGAGAAAACACAAAGGACAGGAAAAGUCCCUGGCCAGGGGCUGCUCCCCACUGACAUCUGUGAAGGGCACAAGCCUCACCAAAGGGAGAUGUGAGCUUUGUGGGAACACGGAAUCUCAGAAAUGUGGGAGAGAGCCUGGGACGGUCCUGAGGAGACAGCUGGGGUACAGGCACGGGACAGUCAUUCCCUGCCCCCAGGCACCCGUGUCUCCCCUCGGGUCUGAGAAGGCUCAGCAGGAGGUGCAACUGCAGGCUCAGACAGAGCCUGUGCAGAGGCUGCCCCACUUGUGCUGCAAAGCUUCCUGCUCUCAAGUGCAAAGGGCUGAGUCCUGCAGCCCAGGACAGGGGCAGACAGCCCCUGAGGGGUGUGGCACUACAGGAAAAGCUAAGAGGGUGGAGUCCUCCCCUGUGCAUGCUUCCCCACCGAAGUCCUAUCUGCAGGAAUCACGCUGGCUAGGAGCCUCUGGCCGCCCUUCUCUGUGUUGAAGGCACUGUUGGGAGAUUUGUGUCCAUUACCAAACAAACAAACAAAAAAAAAAGGAAAAAGAAAAAGAUU